AUGCAGUGUGGGGUUUUGGGUUCGUGCGUGGGGGGUUUUCUCGCCGCCGCCAUAGUAGCUUCUUCCUCCCUCUCUUUCUCCUCGCCGGAGCCGAGGUCGUCCUUUGCCUUUUUUCCACUCUUCUCCUCUCACCAUCGCCACCCGCCACCGGCCUCGCCGCCUCCUCUCCUUCUCCUCCUCUCUCCCGCGACUAACACUGCCGCCGGUCAUAUGUCCUCCUCGCGACGCCGCCACCGGACCAACACGUCGACGUCGCUCCUCCCCUUCUCCUCUCCACGCCACCAUCGCCCACGAGUUGCUCAGCGCCAUUAUCCCCCUCUCUCUCCUCUCCUCUCGCCGGAGCCACCCCCGAGCAGUCCCCCUUCCUCCCUCUCGGCGCACCAGCAACCUUCUCUCCUCUCCCCGGCCAACGCUGCUGUCGACGCCUUCGUGUCGCAGCUGCUGCCGCCUCCACAUGAUGGCUGUUCUCCUUGUGAAUACAAAUAUGCCCCUGUCCCAAAUAUCGUCUUCCUCCUCCGCUUCUUUGACUCAAACUGCCAAUCUCUUGCCCUCCUCGGUUGCGCUCGCAUCGCUCCCUACGGUGUCAAUGUCACUGUUGGUGGAAAGAUGCCGUCUUUGGAGAAGCACAUUGCCGCUUUGAAAUCCAUGAGCUUAUUUGACGCCAUGGAUGGUAAAUUACAUGAGAUUGGUAAUCGAGAUUCCAUGAAUAUGACAGUAAAUUAUAGGAGAUGUUGUUCAAGUAUUGAUGGGACUACACUAAUUCCUGGAACUAAUAUGGAUUCCAAGGUUGAUAAACAACUUGUUCUGUUGGAUGCAAGGAACUUAUAUGAAACACAGAUUGGGAAGUUUAAGGCCACAAAUGCGGAGACUCUUGAUCAAGAAUUAAGACAAUACAGUGAUCUAGCUUCUUGGAUUUUUCAUCACUCUGAAAAACUGCAUGACAAAUGCAUUCUCAUGUACUGCACUGGAGGUAUUAGAUGUGAAACUGCUUCAGCUUAUAUUAGAUCAAAAGGUGUAGGUUUUGAGAAUGUUUUUCAGUUGUUUGACGGAAUUCAGAAAUACUUGGAACAAUUUCCAGCUGGUGGUUACUUUAGAGGGAAGAAUUUUGUUUUUGAUCAUCGUAUUUCAGUUGGAAGUAAGGACACAGAUGUUAUUGGUAGUUGUGUGCUUUGUGGUAUUUCCUUUGAUGAUUAUUCCUCUCGUUGCCGGUGCCAUUACUAUAGAAUGCUGGUUUUAGUGUGCUAUGACUGUCAGGUAGUGUUAUGUUCUUUCCAAUAUCAUGACCAUAUUUUUCUUGCUAAACUUUAUUUUUAUUGCUGUUUGCAUUUAAACUGAAAUUUGUACUUACAUGUAAAAGCAGUUUUAGAUCCUAACACGUUUCUUCAGUUAUUGUGUCUAGAUAUAUUUGAUUUUUAAAAAUGCAUUGAUGAAUGCAUAAUGUUCUUGAUCACUUGACAAUGUCCAUUCAUUAUUGCAUGAAUCUAUGAUAUGCUUAUUGCUGUAAUGAACUUGUCCCAGGUCAUUUCCAGCAGAGUUUGUCUGUGAGUUAUGCAAAAAAAAAAAAAUGGCAAGGGAAGCCAUCCAAUGAUGUUACAGGACGAUGAGCAUGAAGAUAUUUCACCUGAUUCCUUGGACUAUGCUAUGGGUAUUUUGAAUUCUAAGAAGCCAGAUAUAUUGGAAUUAAUAUGCACAUCUAGUAUGUAAGAUUUUUACUUUUAUAGACUUAAUAUGGAUAUAAAGUUUAUCGAUUAUGUUACAUAUUUUUUAUUUGAAUUGUAUGACACAUUUUUAGUUCAAUAGUAAGAAGAUUGAUUAGUUGUA